UGGGAUGGACCGUAGGCGCGUCUGUGGAUUUUUUUCCGCUAAAGGAAAAAAUGGCGCCCAGCUCGAAAUCGGAAAAAGAAGACAACGGAAACAAACAAAAACAGCAGCGAAAACACAAAGACCACGUUGUCAAGCUCCUCGCUCGCGGGAAGAUCUCAGGUCAGCUGUCUCAGAGACUGUUUCGUAAGCUGCCACCCCGAGUGUGUGUUCCCUUAAAGACUAUAGUGAGCGAGGAGUUUCUCCGGGCCGGUCACAUCUUCUUGGGAUUUACAAAGUGCGGGCGUUAUGUGUUGUCCUACACGAGCGACUGUGGUGAGGACGACGAUUUCUCUUUCUACACCUACCAUCUGUACUGGUGGGAGUUCAACCUGCACAGUCGCCUUAAACAGGUGCACCAUGUGCGCUUGUUUGCGGGUGAAGACAUAUACAGUGAGUUGUACCUGACCGUCUGUGAGUGGCACAAUGAUCACUCAAAAAUUGUCAUCUUCGGCUUCAAUACUCGCAGCAGCACGGCUCUGUUGAACAUGAUGAUGAGUGACGAAAAUAACAGAGACAUUUACAUCACUAUUGCCUCCAUGCCUCCUGCACAACGGUGCCAACAGUGUUGCCCUGUACCCACUACAUCCACAAUACGCACAGGAGGGGAGUGUCUGGAGCACGGCUACGUCCUGAACGCUCGUUAUCAGGUGGUUUAUCCGUUCCCCACCUUUCAGCCAGCUCUGCAACUGAAGAAGGAUCAGGUCAUCCUCCUCAACACCAGCUACUCACUGGUGGCCUGCGCCAUCUCGCUCUGCUCUGGUGGAGAGCAGCAGCAGGGGGAUGGUCAGAAUAAUCAAAUCCUGUACCGAAAACGAGAGACCUCCGCUUCCUCCUCUCAACAUCCUCCCAGCCCCUCCACCACCUCAUCAUCAUCUUCCUCUUCCUCCUCUUAUGGGUCACCUGACCGCAGACCAACCAAUCUCCACAUGACGCCGCUCUCUCCCGGUCGAUCUCAGGCCGCCGUGCGAGCGCGGGAGUUCGCGGCUGACCUCUUCCGCCGAGCUCAAGCAGGCGCGGAUGCAGACGGCGAGCGGCGAAGGAAGGACAGUGAGGCCCAAGAGGCAAAAACCUCACACACGUCCACCACAGACUCAGAACAAAAAAGGGCAGAAGAAAGAAGGGAGGACGCAGAGGGACCGUCUACUCCACACGGGAAAGGGAGCACCUCCUCAACCACUGAGCCGGAGGACAGCGUAUCUUGUAACACGGUCAUGUCCCCGGUGUCCACGUCCUCUUUGUGCUCGCUUUCGCCGCACGCCGCGCCGUCAUCGUCCACAUCAGAACCGGGAUACGUGAACUACACGCGGCUCAGGUACAGGCUACAGCAGCCUGGGAGGACAGAGCAGGACAGCGGAGAAGAAGAGGAUAAAGUUCAGCUGCCGUUCACCGUCUCAGACCUGAAGGGACGAAACCUGCAGCUGGUGACAGGACAGUACACGGGACCGUGUGUGUGUGUGGAGCAGCUGACCCUGGACUUUGAGUAUCUGAUUAACGAGGUGAUCAGAAACGAUGCAGAGUGGGCCUCCCAGUUCUGCUCCUUCAGCGACUAUGACGUUGUAAUCCUUGAGGUUUGCCCGGAGACAAAUAUAGUAGUGAUAAACAUUGGACUUCUGCUGCUGGCCUUCUCCAACUGUGAGGAGGAGCACAGCAGCAGGCCUAAGUCGUAUCACUCCAGCCUGCAGGUCAGCUGGGAUCUAAACACAGGUGCCUGCUGCACCGUAGGUGUCGGUGACCUCACAGAGGUCAAAGGUCAAACCAGUGGGAGUGUGUGGAGCUCUUACAGGAAGUCGUGUGUAAACACAGUCAUGAGGUGGCUUGUCCCUGAGAGCAGCUCACGCUACAUCAACCGCAUGACCAACGAAGCCCUGCACAAAGGUACCUCACUUCAAGUACUUGCUGACAGCGACAGAGCCACGUGGAUCGUCCUGUAAUGAAGAAACCAUCACACACACACACACACACACAGGUGGAAAGAUGUUUCUUUUUUUUUCUUCAGUCCACACAUGAUAUUCAGAUGUGGCUCGAAAGCCUCGACUGUGAGUCCAGUGUUAAUACGUACAAGCUGCUGCUGCUCUAAAACUUUUCAGACUCUGCUGAAACGAACAAAGCAUCUCGAAUGCACAGUCUUUUAUACGUCUUUUUUUUAUGUUGUUCUUUAUGUGAUCGAUCCUUCAGUGUGCAUAUUUCAACUAAUUUAACUUCUUACUUCGCGUCGGUGUCGAUCAGGGACGAGUUUAUCUCAUGGACCCUCUGCCACGAGGCGUGUCGUCUCUCUCCAGACGGUGCUUUAACCCAGAGAGGUGUCUGUGUUAACGGCUCAAAUCUCGGGUUUACAUCAUUCAGUCUUUUGUAAAGUUGUUUUCCCAUCUCUCUCUCCCUCCCUCUCUCUCUCUCUCUCUCCCUCCCUCUCUCUCUCUCUCCCUCCCUCCCUCUCUCUCUCUCUCUCUCCCUCUUUUUCUCUCUCUUUUUCCCUCUCUCUCCCUCUCUUUUUCCCUCUCUCUCUCUCUUUCUCUCCCUCCCUCUCUCUCUUUUUCUCUCUCUCCCUCUCUCUCUCUCUCUCUCUCCCUCCCUCCCUCUCUCUCUCUCCCUCCCUCUCUCUCUCUCUCUCUCUCUCUCUCUCUCCCUCUCUCUCUCUCUCUCUCCCUCUUUUUCUCUCUCUUUUUCCCUCUCUCUCCCUCUCUUUUUCCCUCUCUCUCUCUCUUUCUCUCCCUCCCUCUCUCUCUUUUUCUCUCUCUCCCUCUCUCUCUCUCUCUCUCUCUGUCCCUCUCUCUCCCCCUCUCUUUUUCUCUCCCCCCCCUCUCUCUGUCUCUCUCUCUCUCUCACUCUCACACACACACACACACACACACAGAGUUCUUCUCAGAUUCAGUUAUUUAUAUAUUAACACACUUUGUUAUUCAGUCUACACCAGUAGUUUGUUGUAAGAUGAAUUCCAGAUCUGCACGUUUUCUCAUUAUUCCUCUGCCGGGGUGAUCAUCCAUCUCUUAGUAGACAAGUUUAUUCAUUUAAUCAGAGCAGAUAAAACACUAAAAGAUUCUAAAAUGAAGGACCACUGUUCUGAACAUCUUUACUGAUUCUCCGAGGUAAGUAAACAUGUUCGGGGCAGACGGUCAGGGCAUCGCAGGGUCGUUUGAGAGUGACGUCACUCUGAGAAGCUUCUCACCAUGAACUCCUGUAGAUGCUACUGUGCGUGUGUGUGUGUGUGUGUGUGUGUGUCUGUCUGUCAAACGGCAUUUUCUCAACAAAAUAUUGCAACUUUUGUUCGUUUAAAAUGUGCAGGAAUGCCACAAAUUACAUUACAUCUAUGCUGUUUUUUAUUUGUUUGUUGUUUUUUUUUAAGUAGUGGUCAUGUUGCACCUCUACAGAAUAUGAACAAUACUUGAUAUUGUCUUUACUUGAUUAUUUUUUAAUAAAAACUAAUAAUUCUAAA